AACAGAGCACACAGGAAAUAGGUUCUUCUAAGGCAACAGCAGCAGAUCUGUCAGUCAACAGAAGAGUGAUGUGAAAGAUGCAUGAGCAGGGUCGCAUCUUUCUGCUCACCUACAUGGUGGCUGCUGCCAUCCCCACCUUGCUGGCUUUCAACGUGGAUGUAAAUGAUGCUGAUGUCUAUAGUGGUGAACAAAAGGAUUUCUUUGGAUACAAAGUGCUUCAGUUCAUGUCUGGCACAAACAAAGGGAUCAUAGUUACUGCACCGCUGCAGCUAAAUGGAACCGGGGGAAUAUGCACACAUGUUGUUCAACACCAAACCCCCAAGUGCUUCAACCCCAAAGAAAUCUCGCUGGAAAAGGCGGCACUACCAGUCAAGCACUUUGGCUUGUCGAUAGCUAAAGAUUCAACAGGCUCCCAUUUCACUGUUUGCAGUCCAAGUGUCGUCCACGAAUGUUAUGGGAACUCCUAUCUGAACAGUGUGUGUUACAAGAUGACAGAUCAACUUCAGCAAGUCUCCUCAUUCACACCGGCUUUUCAAGAAUGCACAAAAAAGACAGUGGACCUAGUCUUUCUUUUCGAUGGAUCCGGGAGUAUGAAGGAAGAAGAGUUCUACAAAAAUAAACUUUUCAUAGUGGAUAUAAUGAAAAGCCUUUCAAACACAUCAAUCAACUUCGCAGCAGUCCAGUUCUCCUCAGACUACCGCAAAGUCUUUGACUUUAAUGACUAUAAAGCCGGCACUGCUCACGAUAAACUUAUGAAUGAAAGACAUUUGAAUACUCUCACCAACACCCACAGCGCCCUGAAAUAUGUGUUGGAAAAACUCUUUCAAAACCCGGGUGCAGGUGCCUCUAAAGAUGCUACUCAAGUAUUGGUGCUAAUCACUGAUGGAGAUCCCAGCGACACAGACAGACAUAAUAUUAUUGAAAGAUACGACAAGAAAAACAUCAUUCGCUUUGUCAUUGGGGUCAAAGAUGCUGAUGUGAAUAAAUUCAGGGCCAUUGCUUCAGAACCGAAAAUGAAAAAUGCCUUCAAAAUUGAGAACUAUGACGGACUUAAAGGAGUGCUGGAAAACUUCCAAAAAAAGGUUUUUAGAUUGGAAGGCUCAAAGGUGGCUCGGGCGGGAAACAUGACAAAUGAAAUGUCACAGAGUGGAUUCAGCACUGUCUUCCACAAGGACACGUUGAUUCUUGGAUCAGUGGGAUCUGACAGCUGGAGUGGUUCAAUUCAAGAGCUUCAUGGACAAAGUGUAACACAUAUUAAAGAUUCAGAAAUGCAGAUGGACUCCUACAUGGGCUACUCUGUCUCUGUUGGACAGAGGAGUAACGCUCCUCUAUACUUCACGGGUGCACCCAGAUUUCUGCACAUCGGACAGGUUGUACUUUUCCAACAUAAUGGAAAGAAGUGGGACGCAGCACAAAGAGUACUCGGGGACAAGUUUGGUUCCUACUUCGGUGCAGAGCUGUGCUCAGUGGAUGUCAACUCGGACGGGGACACUGAUUUCCUUCUGGUGGGAGCUCCAUUGUUUUACCAGCCUACGGAGAAGAGGGAAGGCCACAUCUACGUCUACGCACUGACUGAUGAGAAGCAACUGGUAAAGGAACUUGAUGUGACUGCGCCUUCAAUGGGGAGAUUUGGCACCACUAUAGCUAGUCUGGCAGACCUGAAUGGAGAUGCACUGCGGGAUGUUGCUGUAGGAGCCCCCCUGGAGGAUGAGAACAGGGGGGUUGUGUACAUCUACCUUGGUGAUAGACGCAGAGGGAUGCGCAGCAGUUUCAGCCAGAAAAUCAUGGGUAAGAACAUACAGCCUGGUCUGAGAUUCUUUGGACAGGCCAUUGAUGGAGACAUGGACCUUGGAGACGACGGGCUCCCAGAUAUUGUGGUCGGAUCACAGGGCAUGGCUGUUGUUUUAAGCUCCAGGCCUGUCUUUAAUGUCAUAGCAAGUCUGUCUUUUCAACCUGAGGAGAUCAGCACUGAGAAAAUUGACUGCCUGAUCAACAAAGAUGCAUUUAUACCAAUGGUUGACAUAACAGCCUGUUUUAAAAAAGUAGAAACCACAAAGAGCAAAACAGUGAGCUCUGGACUGAACAUCACGUACACGCUCGACGUGGAUCCGAUGAGACAAACGCCUCGGGGUUUCUUCCAUCUUGACAAGAAAGUCAGGAAACUGAGCUUUACCCACGAGCUGGGGGAUGGAGACACCUGCUUCAACUUCUCUAUCAACAUGACGAAAUGUGUAGUAGACACGUUAUCACCCAUCAGUGUCAAACUACAUUUUUCCCAAGUCGACAGUGAGAGUGCAAAAGCUGUCCUGAAUGUGGACAGCAAAAGGGAGUCUGUUGUGGAGAUUCCCUUUGAAAAGCAAUGUAGUGGAAACGACGUCUGUGUCGCUGAACUCGAGGUGGACUUCAACUUUACGACCCCGACACUACUGGUGACAGAAGAUAAUUCCUUCAACGUGCUUAUACAACUGUCCAAUCAUGGGGAUGACUCGUACAACACAAGCCUCACAAUGCAUUAUCCCGUAGGCCUCUCCUUCUCCAGGAUGACUCUGACAAAGUGGACCCGACCAACACUUCACGAGUGUCUUGAUCUGGACGUACUGGACAGAACCGUGUGCGGUGUGAGCCGCCCUGUGUAUCGCAGCCAUUCAGUUGCAACGUUUAAGUCCUCUUUCCGCAUCUUGUCCGACUUCGAGUGGAAUGACACAAUUUCAAUGAACAUAACAGGAAAUAGUGAUAACACAAACUACACCAGAACUACCUCCCUCAUCAAAACUAUCCCCGUACAGUAUGAAGUUAAACUGGCAGUGACUGUGGGAGAAGACUCAAUAACCUAUCUCAACUUCACAACAGACGAUACUGCGCCCAAAAAACUGAUCGCACUGUACAAGAUAAAUAAUCAUGGCUUUAAGGGAUUUCCAAUCAAUGUGUCCCUGUUUUUCCCAACCACACUGGAACAUGACUUUGAAAUGACAAACUAUCGAGUCUUUGUCCCACAGAAUAAAACUGAAUGUUCCAACGUUGUCGACAUGAAAACUGAAUACUGCUCUCCUGAUAAACACUGCAAAAUGGUCAAGUGCGACAGUUUCAUCCUGGAAAAAGAAUCUGCUGUUGAAAUUGAAUUAUCGGGAGACGUACAGUUCAGGGAUCUUCAACAGAAUGCAGCGAACAUUGGCUUUCUCAAGCGAUACAUCGGGGAUGGUGCGGAGGUUAAACUGAAAAGUUUUAUACACGUUGACUUCGACAAGCAAAGAUAUGUGCUGAACUCAAAUAAACAAGUGAAGUCUGAUGAAACUGGCCUGAGGAAAGACAAAGAUCCAACUGUGAAAUGGACUGAAGUCCGCAUUGAGCUGAUAAUCCCUCCUCAUCAACUCCAGAUCAUUUUAACGGGAGUAGGAAUGGGACUCUUGCUUCUGAUCAUCAUCACACUCAUCAUGUUUAAGUUGGGUUGCUUUAGAAGGAAAACCCUCGAAGAUUAUCAAGCAGAAGAUGAUGCUCUCGAGGCUUACACCCCUACAAAGUUCACCCCCAUUACCACCAGCCAGACCGUGGACAAAUCGGACCAAUCUCCAGAGGAAAAAAAGCUUGUUGAUGAUGAUGAGGCAAAGAGCAAUUCUUCUGCUGCCUGAUAUAUAGAGAGAAGAAUUGAUGCCUAUAUGAACCUGCCGAGUUAUGAACGAUUCAAUUAUUACUGAAUGAAACUGGAAGGCAAGGCAAGAUUAUUUAUGUCGCACAUUUCAACAACAAGGCAAUUCAAAGUGCUUCACACAAGACAUCAAAAGCAUCAUGACAGAGGAAAGAAAAGAAACAUUAAAAUAGAACAUUUAAAAAAUCACUGAAAUUAUUAAAUCUGAAAAUAUGUUCAAAUAAAAUAAUUCAAAUGAAAUUAGUUGAAAUAAAAAUAUGGGAAUAAGAGUUAAACGUUACAGUGCAGAGUUAAAGUUUAAAAUCUUCUUAAAGCUGUUUAAUGAAAGGCAGCUGUAAACAGGUGAGUCUUCAACCUGGAUUUAAAAGAGCUGAGAGUUUCAGCAGACCUGCAGUUUUCUGGGAGUUUGUUCCAGAUAUAAGGAGCAUAGAAACUGAACGCUGAAAAUCAGUCGUCUGUAGCAAACAUGGACCAAUGUCUGCCACGAGGUAAUCUGAUGAACCAAUCAGACGCCUCCCUGUCUCCCUGCUCGUUCUCUACCCCUCGCGCGCACUAGCCCACACUCAAAGUGAGGGGGCGUGGCUUUUGAGGGAGCACAGAGGGGAGGGGGCGGGUGCUAGUUUUUGAAACAUUACCAACCCCGUCUUUAACAACACCAUAAUGAGAUUCCUAAAGUGAUCAGUUGUUUUUUUUUCUCAGGAGAGAAAUGACCAAAUGACAGUGUAAACACUGAUUCAUCAGGAGGUCGUUUAAUUCUUCAGUCUGUCAUUAUUUAUGAAACUUAGUGGAAGGGGCCAUAAAUCUUUAAAUAGAUAAAGUUCUGACAGACCACAAAAAUCUGACUACCCAAACUGUAAAGAGAGUAGUUUGGUGUGACUUAACACAUAGCAGCCCUCUUAAACAUGUUUUAGAAAUAAAGAAACUGGUAUCUGAGAUUCAUUUUUUAAGACCUCAAGCUAGAGCUUACCACUUCAUUAUUUAACAUAUUCUAUAAAUGUAUGUAGUGUACAAAGAUGUAACAUAAAACAACGAGAGCUACUUAUCAUGCAGCUUUUACUGAAGCCGAGACGUUGCACUGUGCACCAGUAUUUGAAAUGUGCCAGAUCAUUCUGAUGUUUGAGUUUCUUGGGUAAAAAGAGUAGCUCAACAGGCCCCUGACGAUGGUCAAACAGUUAUUUAGUGUGUUCUGUCCUUUGCAUUGCAAGUGUACUCAAGAGAAAUGUGAAGUAUUCAGAAAGAUCUCUUGAAAAGCAGCACUGCUGAAGUUCAAACGUUUUAAAGUAAACAUGUAUCAGAAAGAGAAGAACUGAAAUCACUGAAUCAAAUCAGAAUGUUUAAUAAUUCAACUCUGCAACGAGCAUGUUGUUGCUCAGAACUGUUUGAGUUUCCUAAAUGACACUGUACACACAUUGACUUACAAUUUAAACUCGAGCUUAAUGUUUCUGAUUGAAUACCCUUCAUACCUUACUUUUACUCAAGCCUCUCACAAGCUGAGGCUGCUUUCUUUUUUUACAGCAUAUCUGAUCGUGUGAAUAAGUCAUAGAAACAUGUACUGUAAAUGUAUAUCUUUAAUGUUCAUGGGAAUAACAUCUCUAUACAAUCUUUA